AUGGCGAGAGCUCAUCCUGGCUCGUCCAUUAUCUUAUGUCUUCUCCUUUGCUCGUCCCUCUUUUUCCAGGUUUCGGCUCAGUCUACAAACCUCACAACUGCGAGCGGCGGUACACCUUCUCCUACCGUCUCUGCAAACCUUACAACGUUUUUGACGACUAGCUCCUACACGUUGACAACCGUCAGUCACUCAGGAAACAUUGCAACCACUAUCACCACCGUAUUACCUACAGUAUACAAUGCCACGAGCACUAUUCAUGCCAAUACAUCCACACCAACGUCCUCCGCCUCACCUACCCCAACUCCCAUCGUCCUAGCUACUAGAAUCACCCCGGCUUUCGGUGUCUUGGGAGCGAUCCUCAUCAUAACCGGACUACCAAGUGCGUUCUGGGGCCACAAGAAUAGAUGGACAUCCUUCUUCCUCAUUGGUUUCUACACCCUUUCAUUGGUCUGCUUCGUCCUUAUCGUCAAGUUUGGCAUUCUUCCCGCGAUCAACCCACCGAACAACACACUUCAGGGCAUGUUCGUUUUGGCCUCUGCCGUUGCUGGCAUAAUGGGCGGCGCGUUCACAAUAUUCUUCUGGAAGGCCACUAAAUACUUCAUUGGCGCAUGGGGUGGUUUCGCAUUCGGACUGUGGAUACAAUGCUUUAGAAAUGGCGGUCUUAUUACCCCUGUUGGGAUGAGAUGGAUUCUGUAUAUAGCGUGCAGCGUGGUCGCAUUUGUCCUUUGUACGAUACCCAGGAUACAUUGGCAUAUGCUUCUGGUGGCAACUGCCUUCGUUGGCUCGUCCGCCUUUAUACUCGGUGUGGAUUGCUACACGACAGCUGGCUUAAAAGAGUUCUACGUCUGGAAUCUAGGUUUCACUACUCUGUUCCCCAAGUAUGUUAAUAACGGCAUUGCGUUCCCGGUGACCCAAACAAUGGAAAUCGAACUUGGUCUCAUUGGAGCGAUCACUUUGAUGGGUGGAGCCGUUCAGCUCCGCAUCCUCCGUGUCUUGCAGCGCAAACUCAAGGAAAUUGCUGAAGAAGAAAAGAAGCGGGAUGAAGAGGCCGAACUCAACGCUUCCGGCAGAUUCGCGGAGCUCUCAAAGGAGCAGGAGGAAUGGGAGCGCGAUCACCCAUCACUUGGAAUGCAUGGCCGCACGGCCAGUGGCUACUCUGGAACACCUUUGAUGAAGGACUUCCCCACUAGGGGUUCCCAGGAAGGGCGGGCCUCAAUGUUCACGUUGGUUGGCGGGCGUGGUCGCUAUACAUCAGGAGUGUCUGAAUUCAUGGCUGCUUCUUCCCCUGACGAAGAUUCCAAGCGGGCUGCACGAGAUUCUCAAGCGCCUGGUGCCUUGCCUGCGCUUGACCUUGGUCUUGGGAUUCAACAGGAUGUCCCUUCUGGGUUCAUUACUGAUAACGAUCCUGACAGCAGUGACACGAAACACAGCGAUGUGAGGAAAGUUGGUAUCUCAUCGGAGUUGGAAGAUCUCGCACGCAAGGAGGAGCUUCUUGCCGAAAUUCAAACCAUCAGACGCUCAAUCGAUGCACUCAGAUCGGAUACGCCUGGCCUUGACUCGGACGACUCCCGCUCUCGUCGUAUCUCUUUGACCUCUCGCCGCACCCUCAGUUAUGAUCUUGAUAAUGCUAUUGCUCCACGUCCACACACUCGCCCACCCAGACAACCAGAUCCACGUGGUCGUGUACAAUCCAUGGAACUUUCCAAGCUUAUUGACACGCCUCCGCUUGGUGCAUCCAUUGGCCGUCCUACAAGCGUUCCUCUGCGCGAUGAUGACUGGGACUCAUAUGUUCGUGACCGUAAGCUCCUACAACCACCAGCCGGGGUAACUGCACCCAUCCCAACAAGCCGUAUGUCCACGACGGGAUCACUAUCUGCACAACAACGCCUACCUGUCCCGCCAGCUGUCACUGAAGCCCUCUCCCAAAGGAAACGCCGGGAGAGUUUGUUGGACCCUGGCGUUGGUCCAGACACAAGCGCGAAAGAUACGUCGGAUGAGGAUGCGCCUAUUGCCACGCUUGCAACAGCCCGCGCUCAUACGAGGAAGCCCAAACCAUACUUCAACGGCAUGGUCCCAUCUGUAUUAACACCCUCGCAGCCUCCUGCAGUUGCACCGCCUUCCCAGCGUUAUCCUCCUGUCAUCUUCACCAGGAAUGCGCCAUCGUCGCCUGAGCCCGAGCGAAGCAACAUUCCGAUCGUCCUCCCUCCCACUCGACCACUGAAGGCUGCAGUUGUUGAGCCCUCCAGCAAUAUUCCUGUCAUUAUUCCUCGCGGACAAAGCGCAAUCAUCGCAGCGCCAGUUGCCAAGAGGCCAGAACCUCAGCGUGUCGCGACGUUUGAGGAAAUGGAGGAACGACAUAGGGAGAAGAUGCGGGGUCUUCAAGCUCCCAUCACGGAGGCCGAGAAACAAAAUGCGGAGGUCGUAGCUGCCAAGCGCCGCUGGGAGCGCUCAAACGCAGCGGAGCGGGAAGCAGUGAACAGACGGCAAGCUGAGAAGGCCGCAGAGCUCGCACGAGAAGAGAAGGAGAAGUUGCGGCGUAAGUCAGAGGACGGGCUUGGCAGGACGGGAGAGGACGACAAGAACCCAGAACGUCGACCCAAGGGAAUAAACGCUGACAAACUCGCUGCGAUUGGUGGUGUCAACAACCCAUCAUCAUCGAAACGCCAAUCGGUACUGAGAGUGGAGGAUUGGCAGCGGCAUCAGCAGGAUGCGGAGCUUGGAGUUCGCCCUGAACGCUCCACUGGUGCCAAGCGAGAGUCUCGUACGAUGAAGACUGAGGCCAACGCAACUGUCCCAUUCCCUGGACAAAGUCGCCCUCGAGACUUAGCGAUGGACAGACGCCGCUCUGCUGGGGUCCCUCGCGACCCUCCAAGUUGA